AUUUCGAUUGAGGAAUCAUGUUGGAAACGGGCUAUACCACACCCGUCAGCUGCAGCACCUGCCGAAGCUCUAUUUGAUGGAAUGAGUUCGUUUUACACACCUGUGUUCUGUACCAUGAGUAAUCGUACGUCAAUCACAAUUACCUUCAAUCAUUUCACCAUCAAUUCAGUGAUAUGAAAAGUCUGAAAUGGAUCAACCAGUGUCUGCGACACCUCAAGUGACGGCAAACAUUCCGGGUUUGACUGUAGUCAUUAUUCUUCUCGUGCCGUGUUUACUGCUCGUGCUGCUACUCAACUGCCUGUUGCUUGGACACAAAUUGCUUCUUUUAGCUAGAGCUAGGACACGAGUUCGCACGAGUUCACGGUGCUCACUGCUCCAAUCCACGCGUCAAAGGGUUUCCCACUUUACAGAUGGACCGUCAUUCUCGUAUCCGAAUGGGAGGACUAAUGGCCCUGUGUCCAGACCGAUUUUGGUCAUGCCCGUCACAUCAUCGCUUACCUCGUCACAGGAGCGUGUGGCGGGGUGUCGGCGUUCUACGCAACCAGACGGAGCCACUUGCGCCGGCUCUGGCUCUCUGCCUGCGCCAAGCACGUUCUUGGCUGCAAUGUCAACCGGCCUGCCACGUCGGGCACGUGCAUAUUUUAGCAAGCCUGUAAAGUGGCGAAGAAUACCUCUGGAGCCUACACACUCCAGUGAUUCAGACGUAGAACGUCCCAACACUGUACCUCCAAACUCUCCUGUUCCAGGGUGUUUUGGGCCCCUGCGCCAGAGCAGCAUCGUGGAAGUCCACAGUGAUGUGGAGCUUGGAUCUGUGGAUCAGGUAUAUAUGGAGUGUGAGGUUGCCAGCAACAUCCCGCCAGAGAACUCCUAUUUCAUUGCGUCCACAGGAUCCUCUGGAUGCUCUGCUGUAGGACCUGGACUGGACAGCGACUUUGGCGCAAGCGCAGGCAAGGGGCAUGGCAGGUCUUCCACUUGUCAGGGUCUGGGUGUGUCUCUGCGUAUCUUGUCAGCAGACAGCGAGGCUAUGGGCUGUGGACUGUGGGCGUCAGCGUUGGAGUGGGAUUACUACAACCCCAGCUACAUCACACAAAACCAGCUGCGGCCUCCGCGCACACAUGCCCCCAGCAUAGCCCCCAAACAGUACUGGAUCUGAUCGUUUGACCAGUCUUGGCCUCAGAUUUACACUGCUUUAUAAAGGGUCAUCACAAUACACUUGCACCCACACUUACACACUGCUGAUGGCUGCAGUAACACCUGUCACUCGCUAUGCAUGUUAAACCUACACCUCUCACUCACAUCACUUUUUGUUGUUGUUCUCAAGCACUAUUUUGUUGACUCCAGUUCCAUCACUGUUUACUAGACACUGCAUUUGUGUAUUUCACGAGAGGCAUGCCAUUGAGUUCACUUAUUACUGUCUUCAACUCAUGUUUUUUUUUUUGAGGGCAAGUUAAUUUAUUCUGUUACUGUUUCACAUUCACAUCAAAUAUCCCUAAAAGGGAUUUUGUAAUAAACCUGAUUUCAUGUUUAUAUUAAAUAUUUAUUUAGUAAAUUGGCUUAUUCAAGUUUUUUGCCUUACCACACAGCAAGACGACCUGGGUUGAGUAAGACUCGGAUG